AUUUGGUCGACAGCGACGCGUCCCUCCUUUUGUCUUUUCUUUUCCGCCGGACACCUGGGCGUCUCCCAGCUCUUGAGAGGACAGCUGCGAAGAGUCCUUACCGCAAAAUCGCAUGCGAAGGAGGUGACUUCGCGCCGGCUCCUUGUCGAAGCUGCACCAGGCUUCCACCAUUGCAAAUAGCCCCAGAUGGAGGCCCCUACCGCAGCAGAGAGAAGGUCUGACGCCCCGGAUGCGUCGGACGGCAGGGCAAAGGCGCCUUCCUUUUCCUUCGUCGGCCGCCGGAAGAGCGGCCUCUUGAGCUUCUUCGUGUGCAUCUGUGUGGCCCUUUUGAUCGCUCCGUUGGGAACGCAAGGCGAGGACAUCGACAUAUGGCUGAAGCCGCACAAGAUAUCGACGAGCCACGGCAAGUGGAGCCAGGACUUCGACCCCGACACUUACGACUACAACAUCGAGAUCAGCCAUCUGCAUGGCACCAUCACGUUCGUGAUUGAGCUGGAGACCGACAAGCUCAAGGUGGGCGAGUACCCCCGCGUGCAGGUGGACGGGGGAGAUGUGGACCCCUAUGGUCUCAUCACCGAGACCAUCUUCCUCAAGAUGGACAGGUAAAGGCAGAGAGGGACAGAUGGGACGGGAGAGAAGUCAGUCCCCUUUCUCUUGUCCGUCGUAUCGUCAGUUUGCAAACAAACACUAAGGUCGCCUUCAUCAACCCCGCCACUGGCGCGGAGCUCACAUACACCUUCACGAUCGACAGAUCCAAGGUACGCGCACACAGACACAGGAAAGACACACUACCUGCGACAAAUGUCUUGAGGUCAUGUCGCUCCUUAGGCGCCUCCCCUGGUGGGCAUCAGCGACGCCAAGUUCUACGACGACCAGUCCAACAUGCUGUCCAUCCACCCUGACAUCGAAUACGACAUCGACAGAUUCGCAGUCUAUGUCGCCGACACCACCAAACAGGGUGGGCACCGACACACAAACAGAGACACAAUCCCCGGCACCAUCUGCGGCACUUUCUGCGUCAGUCACGGGCAAGAUUGACUGUGGCCUUGGCACGCUUCGCAUCAAGGAUCCCCAGGUGUCCCCUGAGUACAAGGACUGGUCCAACGGCGCCGCAUACACCCUCAACAGAAACUUGAUGGCCAUGAAGACCACACUCGAGGUCAGAAGCUCACAUCCGGCACAUCCGGCACCUCAGCUCAUGUGUCCACAUCUCGUGCAUCCCGUCUGCACACGCAGGCCGAGUGUACCGUGACGCAGAACGGCCAGACGGCGGCGCGCCGUUUCUUCUUUGUGGUGUCAGCCGAUCCGGACGCCAGCGACAUCCCCAGGCCACGGAUCGCUAUCGAGUCCAAUGGACUCGCGUGCAACUGGGUGGGUUGGUGUAGAGGGAAGGACACACAACAAGACAGGCAGGCAGGCAGGGAUGGAUGGAUGGAUGGCUUGAUUCAUGCGGGUCAUCAGGAUGAUAAGGCCAAGGUGUUUGAGUGUCCCAAUGACAAGAGCAAGCUUCGCCUGAUCGCAUGGAACGACCCCGCCUACCGUCUCACCCUCAAGUCUGGCAACGGGGUCAGUGAGUGAAUCGAUAUAGACGAAAAAACAUACCCUGCUCCACCCUCUUUGGCCCUUCUAUGUGUGUGUCACUGCAGCAAGUCGGCGUUCGUCUGCCUGUUGGCACACCAAGCCGAGAAUUCGAUUCAUCGCUCGGAGAGGUUGGUCAGACACACAAUCAGAGUAAAGAGGCCAAGGGGAGAGAGCACACACGUGCCUGUGUGUGUUGGAUACAGUUAUACACCUUGAGCGUGACGGCCGGCGAUACCAAGGUCGACUACAAGCUCAAAUUCAGCGCGGGAGGUGCUCAGAAGAACCCGUUCGUCGCUGCUGUGGGAUACACUCUCGCCGGAUCCGUUGGUACGCACGUGGAUAUGUCUCGGUGCGUCACGGCAGCACCAGCCAUCAUGCCUUGUUCUUCUGUGUCUGUCUGCAGCGGCCAACGCUGUGGUGUUGACGACGGUGCUUGGAGCAGCCAACCUGCUCGGCUUCGGCGCCCCCCUGGGCGCCAGCGAGAUCCUCACCAGCCUCGCAUUCCUCCUGCAAUUCACUGACUUCUCUGACAUCUCCAAGGCAAGCGGAGAGUGAGGGACAGCGACAGAAGGAGACCGUCAAUUCUCAUCUGACACGCGUGCAGGGCAACACGCUGCUGAGUGCCCUGACGUACUCCACCAAGUGGGUGACGCUCUUCUGGCCCUUCCCCGACGGCGAGACCACACCCACAACCGGCCGCAGACUCUCCGCUGACCUCGAGGGCGCUGCUGGCGAGAGCGAAUUUGUGGUCCUCCACUCACUCAACCGCGCAAAGGUCACUCAUUCACUCACUCAUUGCUUGAAUGGCCGCCACAUCCCAUUCCCUGUCAAUCCCUAAAGACCUGUUUUCUUGUCUGCUUCUCGUCCGCCCAGGGGUGCCUGUUUGUGUGCGCUUUGCUUCUGGCGGCCUUGCUGAUCAUCCACUGCGUUCUGCUGCUGAAGAACCACAUCCUUGACAGGGGCCGCACCUUCCCUUACCGCUUUCGCUUCGGCAACUGGGAGAGCCGCCUGCUGUACUUCAUCCUCUUCCCUUCCACUGUGGCCGCCACAUACAUCAUCGCUGUAAGUCUGUCUGCAGGGCACCGGAGGAUUCAUGAGACACUCGGCAGUAUCUCUCUCUCAUCGCGUUGUUGUGUCUGUUUGCUGACAUGUCAGCAUGAAGACAGCACCUGGUGGUGGCGUCUUGGCUGCGGUCUGAUCAUUCCCGCCUAUUUCAUCUGGGCCACCGUCUCAUUCGUCAUGAUCUACAAACACGUACACACCACACCCUGACCUGACGCGGGCACACACACAGUGACAUGCACACAGUCGUCACCCCAAGAUGCAUAUACGCAAUGAUCAGGUGUUGGAGGGCAACGUGAGGUGGCUGGUUGACCAUGAGGACGAGGAGGACACCGCCGCGCACAACACCGCCCAGAACAGAAAGGCAGAGCUCGAGCUCGAGCUAGGCGGCCUGGAGCCUGACGCAAGGAGCAUCAACCUCCUCAACAAGAAGAAAGGACACGUAAGCACCGACCGCUUCACCCCUUCCCGGAUGUUUGCAGUCCGUUGUUGUCUCCUCUUGCUGUGUCAGUUCUUUGGCUGGGGCACGACGCUGUCUGAGGGUAUCGGUGAUGUGUCCAAGCACCUUGGCGGCCCCCUCCCCGGCUACUGGACGGACAAUGUCGUGGACCAACUCAACACGGAGCCCAUGGACAGGUACAUGGACAGACACACACACACAUGCACAGGUAGAUGUGCAGGCAAUUGUGUUCUGCCCGUGCGCAGGUCGAUUCUGGGCAGCUGGCUGCCGUGGAAGUGGACGAGCACCUGCGCCGACGUCUCUCCUGUGCUCAUCAAUCCCGACGACGGCCGGGCCCCAGCCGCCGCACCCACUGCACGUUAACCUUCUCUCUUUCUCCACGCGCAUAGAAGCAGUCAGACUGAUGCUCCCUGUGUCGUGUGGUGUAUGCAUGUGGCGCAGCGAUGGGGUAUACGGCUCGUGUGGUGAACGUGGUGGGUGCCCGCCACCCGGCGUACCAGUGCAACACCGCACAGAUGAGGGCGAGAGGCGUGGAGCAGCUGGUCGGCAGGCACCUCGGCACCUGGCUCGAACUCAUGUUCACGUGAGCAUCAAGAGAGGACAGGAGACAUCAGCCACCACCGGGGUGUCUUUCAUUGGUGGUGUGUGGUUGGGGUGGCUCGCCAGGCCUGAGGUGCUGUGUCGUCUGCAUUACGAGAUUGUAGAGAACGAGUUGCGUGAGGGCGACGACCAGCCAUUCGAGAUACCCCUGCACGUCAGAAACGCACAGCUGCAGGUACACACACAGACCGAUCGGCACGUGGAGGCACCCCACCCCCACACCCCACCCCACCACACCCACGCGUGGCUGGCCGGAUGCGUGUGUGUAGGGCCCGAUGACGAGCGGCAGUCUGUGCUUCUUCUUCGACGGCGCCCGAUGCCCCUACGUCCGGGUGGUCGACAGCUGGGUCAAACUCCUGUUCGGCAUUCUCGUGGGCCUCGUGCUCGCAUACCCCACCCUGGCCGUCACCCCAGGCGCAUUCUGCACCAUCGGCCUUCUCUCCAUCGCAACCUUCGUCGCAAUUCUUCGUGAGCACGACACACACACGGGGGAGGGGGUUUUUGGUCUGGGUGUGUGAGUCCAUCCGUGUGUGGGUUUGCGUCUGCAGUGACGUCGCCGUACAGCCGUGCGCUUGAGAAUUGGCUUCAAUUCGGCAUCUACUUCAGCAUCGCUGUGUCGAGUUUCGCUUUCAUGGCGCUCUACUACCAGACCAACGAAGUCGACCCAGCCCUCUACACCAUCCUCAGUGAGCGUGGAAAACGAGACACAUAAUCGGAGCAGGUGUGCAUUGGUGUUUAUUGCUUCUGUGUGUGCAGCUGUGACGAUUCUGAUGUGUCUGUUCCUUGGGGCCUACUCGGUGCUCCUCACCUUCAUUAUCUUCACUGCCGUCACAUGCCCGCCUGUCGACGAAGAGCCACGGUACCCUCCCCUCCCCCCAGCCACACACACACACGCACACACACACACACGCCCCUCCCUCCCUCCCUACUUCUCUUUCUGUGUAUGUGUCAGCACAUGGAGCGAGGCGAGCCACCGGGUUGAGGUCAGCAUCGGAGCAGCCGACGACGGAUGGCUCCUCAACAUCGAGGGCUUCUCCAAGCGACCCAUCAAAGAGGCUCACGUACGCACCCCACCGCACCCUCCCCGCUCUCUCUCUCUCUCACCUCUCAACACACGCACUCCUACAUGGCCCGGUGUAUGUAUGUGUCAAUCAAUCGGCAGAUCUGCGUGGUCAGCCGAGAGUGGGACAUGGACGACUCGCCCGACGAGAACGAGCGCACCAUAGCGGGCAUCACCUGCGGCAAGCCGUCGUGUUUCGGCGUGGACGGGCUUGAGCGCCCCCCACUGCCCACUGAGAUACAGGUGGUGGAGAAUGUGUCAGAGGACGCACUGCCCAAGCUGCAGUUCUCUGUAGACGAGUUUGUCGACGUCGCCAGCAAAGGUCCUCGAGGGUGUGGGUGGGGAAAUUGGGGGGACUGAGCGUUGUAUGGGUGUCUCUGUGUGUGGGGUGGAUGGAUGGAUGGCAGGGAUGGCGCGUACGCACCAGGAUGUGCUACAGGGCAUCGUGUCGAAUCACGAGAACACACUCCCACACAUCAGACACCUCAGUAAGGCCAACACACACACGCACCAGCCACACACACCCUCUCUGUGUCUGUGUCUGUGUCUGUGUCUGUGUGUGCAGUCGCGCAGGACAUGCCAGUGCCCCUGCUGUGUCUGUAUGCGCCCAACACGCUAAAUGAGGACGGCGACAUCACCAACCCCGAGGAGCCCAAGGCCUGCAAGAGGCCAGACAUCAAAAACACCCACUUCUACCGACACAUCAACUUCUACGACCAAUCGCCGUAGCAAUGCAAUCAUCACCACGAGGGUGUGGUGUGCCUCUGUUGAUCUGUGCGUGUCUUUGCUCUGCUCUUGUUUCAGCCCUGACGUUGAGAAGCUGGCAUCGUGGUUUGUCCAGGAUGCGUCGACUGCCGAAAUGGCGCAGCAACUCGCCGUGUAUGUUCACAGACAGACACAAACGUGGCCCUUUUACCAGCCUACAUACACGGGCACGGGCAUGUGCAUGUCUGUGCAUCAUUCUGCUGUCCACAGGGCGGUGAUGCAGCACGUGGCCAACCGCAUCCACACAGACAUUGUGGUGGUCAACGUCUUUGGCAUCAAGAAGAUCGAACGGACACCCGAGCAGAUACAGCGAGACCGCAUCCAGGAGCAGCAGGCGUAAGCCGAGCCAAGCCAAGCCAAGCCGAGACAAACACACCACACCCAGAGCAGGCCUCCAUUCGUGUGUCUGUCUGUGUGUGUGUGUGCAUGUGUCGAUCAGUGCGCUUGAGCCUGACGAGGAGGACAUUGAGGUGGUAGUUGACCAGGCCGCCCGCCCCCGGGCCAUCAAGACCAAAACCAAGUACACCCUGCCCUGACCCACCCUACACAUAAACAGAGAGAUCGUGUAGCGUGCAUCCAACCAACCUGUGUUGCGGUGUGUGUGUGUGUGUGUGUGUGUGUGUAGGGGCUUGUGCGGCAUCGGCACGACUCGUCAGCGUCGCAUCCCUACAGGUUACGGCGGACAGGAGGAGGACGAGAGCGAAGCCGAGGAGGAAGAGGAUGGUAUGUGUCUACACACACACACACACACACACAGACACGCACACGAGUUGUUACAUGUGCGGUGGCGGUGGGUCAGAUGAGCCUGAUAAGGAGGAAUUGGCUGUGGCGCGUCGCAUGGGUCUGCUGCCGCCCGAGCAGGCGGCCGCGGCGGCCGGAGGAUACCCACUCAUGCCCAUCUACGCCACACAGGGGCCCAUGCAGCAGGCUCGAAAGAAAGAAAUCAAACACACACACCGGAAUGAUUGCAGACAUAUUAUGGGUGCCGUGUUUCUAUGUCUGACCGUGUCUGCAGGACAUGUUUGGCGGCGGCCUCCCGAGCACUUACGCCACGGGCAACAACACCAUGAUCUUCAACAACACUCAGUCGCUAGGUACCACACACAGACACAGACACAGACACACGCAUACUCAGACACAGAAGGACGUCUCACCAUGUGUGUGUGUGUGAACGUGUCCUGUGUGGUGGGUGCAGCCGGUAGUAUGCCGCCUCAGAUGGCUCCCUACAGCCUGGCCCAGUCGGCCCACCACCCCCAGGGACCGCCCGGCCGAUUUGCAAGCGUCUUCACUCUGCCAUCAUACAUCUGGUAUCCCACCCACAACAGACGCACCCAUAUCCAUCCAUCCAUUCACUCAUUCUCCUGGUGUCUCAGGUCGCCCCAGAACCCGGUGCUGCAGGGCCAGACGGUGGCGCAGCCACUGCAGACACUGCAGGAGUCCGAGGAAUCGCCCGCUGCUGCUGCCGCUGCUGUGCCCAUCGUGCAGCCGCCGGCACCUCAGGUAAAUACACCCACCCGCCACACCAUCCACACUGGUAGAGACGUCACUCUGUGUCCAUGGGGAUUGAUGCACUGCAGUCUAUCAUUGCAAGCGUCACCGCAGCUGCCGUGCAGAACUUGACUGCUGGCGAGGCCGGUGAGGGGCAGCCGGGGCUGGCCGGCGACCUGCCUGAGGACCCACUCACAGCCGCCCAGGUGCAGCAGCUGCAGCCUCAGGAGGAAGAGCCGCAGCAGCCUGCUCCAGCUGCUGCUGCCGCUGAGGAGGCCCCUGCCGCUGCUGCCGCUGCUGCUGCUGCCCCUGUUGCUACAGAGGAGGAGCAGGAGCCGGCUGGUGAGGGUCAGCCUGGCGUGGCGGGCGACCUGCCUGAGGACUCAUUCUAAGAAGGAAGCGUACACACAGCCAUAUAUAUUGAUUCGUUUCUUGUGGUUGCCCUCCCUGCCUGGUGGUGUCUGGCUGGCUGGCGUCUGGCUGGUGCCUGAGUGUUUUUGAGAGUACGGAUGCAUGCGUCCAUGGCUGGUGGCUGGUGGUCUGUCUGGUCUGGUUGGCUGAUUGAGAGGAUAGGCACAAAUCGAUGGAUGAAUGGAUGGACGGACGGAUGGAUGGACACUGACUGACUGCCUGAGACGACAGAGCAUCUUCUGAACGCUUGGAAAAGCCUGC